GGGAGCGCCGGCCGCCCAGCCCAGCCCAGCUCAGCUCGACCUGAGGAGACGUCAGUCGGUGCAGUCUAUGGCGGCCUUUGCUCGGGCCUAGGGAAAUAUCGCUCUACUCUCACAGAGAUUCCUGAGCACUCUCGCCAUUGGAAGUCGUACCUGUCGGCCGCCUGGAGGAGGUCAAGCUUUGGGCUUAAUUGUCUUAUUUCCCCCGCCUGCCCGCCCGUCGGUCGCCGGUGCCCGGACCGCGCCUUUCGGACGCUAUCUGUGACCGUUGGCCGAGCCGGGGCUGCGCGAGGCCGGUCACCCGGGAGACGGCGCGUGGCGACGGGCUGCUCGUCGCGAGCCCGUGUAGUUGGAGGCGGCGGCGCGGAGCGGAGCGGCCAUCGUCGAGUCGACGGCGCCGGGCGAGUCUGUCCCUUUAUCUCCAACAGCACGUUUUUACCUACAAGAAUCGAACAACAGUUUUGUCAUUAAUCCAUCUAUCACUAAGUAAUUCACUGGAAGAUUGAAGAACUGUAAAGAAAAGUAGGUCGUGGAGUUGAUUAUAAAACCAUCGAAUUAAACCGAAGAAAUUAAUGUAAAAGGAUGACCAAACUCAAAGACUGGAAACUGUGACUAAAAUAUGCUUCUCUAAAGUGGAGGAUUUCAUGGAAAAGAUGAAAAAAUUUAAGCGCCGGCUUUCCCUAACAUUGCGUGGCAGCCAAACAAUUGAUGAGUCUCUAUCGGAGCUUGCAGAGCAAAUGACUGUGGAAGAGAACAGCAGUAAAGACAAUGAGCCAAUUGUGAAGAAUGGCAGGCCUGCAACAUCGCACAGUAUGCACUCCUUUCUCCACCAGUAUGCAGGCUCUUUCAAAAAGCCUCCUCUACGGAGACCCCAUAGCGUGAUUGGUGGGAGCCUUGGCUCUUUCAUUUCCAUGCCCAGGAAUGGUGGUGGUAGAUUAGAUAUAGUGCAUGAGAAUCUGAAAAUAGGUUCAGAUGGUGAGAGUGAUCAAGCUUCUGGGACUUCGUCUGAUGAGGUGCAGUCGCCCACACGUGUUCGAAUGAGAAAUCACCUACACAGACGAAUCUCCAUGGAGGAUGUCAACAAACGGCUAUCAUUACCUGCUGAUAUUAGAUUACCUGAUGGAUAUUUGGAAAAACUGCAGAUGAGCAGCCCACCUUUCGACCAGCCAAUGAGUAGAAAAUCUCGCAGAGCAUCUCUGUCUGAGAUUGGAUUUGGGAAACUAGAAACCUACAUUAAGUUGGACAAACUUGGAGAGGGUACCUAUGCAACAGUAUUUAAGGGGAGAAGCAAGCUGACUGAUAACCUGGUGGCAUUGAAAGAAAUUAGGCUGGAACAUGAAGAGGGUGCACCUUGCACAGCGAUACGGGAAGUGUCAUUACUGAAGGACUUGAAGCAUGCAAACAUAGUCACUUUACAUGAUAUUAUUCAUACAGAAAAGUCAUUGACACUAGUCUUCGAAUACUUGGACAAGGACCUGAAACAGUAUAUGGACGACUGUGGAAAUAUAAUGAGUAUGCACAAUGUGACGAUAUUUUUAUUCCAGAUUUUAAGGGGCUUGGCCUAUUGUCACAAACGGAAGGUGUUACACCGAGACCUGAAACCACAGAACCUGCUGAUUAAUGAAAAAGGGGAACUGAAGCUUGCCGAUUUUGGUUUGGCAAGAGCCAAGUCCGUUCCUACAAAGACAUAUUCCAAUGAGGUUGUAACUUUAUGGUACAGACCUCCAGAUGUACUCCUGGGUUCUUCAGAGUAUUCAACACAGAUCGACAUGUGGGGUGUUGGUUGUAUCUUCUAUGAAAUGGCAGCUGGAAGACCUCUCUUUCCUGGAUCCACUGUAGAAGAUGAAUUGCACUUGAUCUUCAGGCUAUUGGGAACACCCACAGAGGAGGCAUGGCCAGGAAUAUCUUCAAAUGAGGAAUUUAAGGCUUACAACUUUCCCAAAUAUAAACCGCAACAAGUGAUAAAUCAUGCACCAAGAUUGGACACAGAAGGAAUCGAUCUGUUAUCCAGUUUUUUACAAUACCAAGCCAAGAAGAGAAUUUCUGCAGAUGACGCUAUGAAGCAUCUUUAUUUUAAAAAUCUGGGAUCAAAGGCACACACUUUACCAGAUGGCACCUCAGUAUUUUCAUUAAGUGAAAUUCGGUUGCAAAAAGAUCCUGGCUACAGAACCUCAUCAUAUCCAGAGACGGCACAUGGGAAGAACAGAAGACAGAGCAUGUUGUUCUAGGUUAUCGAGCAAAAUAAUAGACUUGAGUCCCAUUGGCUUGCCAUUUCACAUCGCUCAUAUCUAGGAUUUUGAUUUGAAGACAACAAUUUCCAUAAUGUAGAGUGGAUUAGACUUAAACAAUAACGUGUCUCUUUUACUGCCUCUCUUGCGAUGUUGUCUUUUCUUCAGAUAUAUAGAUUGUUUUAUAUUUCCAGGGUCACGGUGUGACAUUUUAUUAUAUAUAUUGUACACACUUGUGUGCAUGUGUGUGAAUACAUAUAAUACAAGCGUGUACAUAACACACAGAGAUAAAACAGUUAUAUGAUUCAUCUAUGCUGUUAAUAGCCAGUAAGUUGCAGCUGCUGUUGUAACUUCACCUGCAGUUUUGUACGGUGCUGGAAACAAAAGUGCUUAUUUAUUGGGAAUCAUUGCUGCUAAAAGACUACUGUCCAUAAACCACAUUGUGGUUGUAUACAGAAAAACGUGAGUGGCUUGUGAAUGCAUCUAUUUCUCCCAGUAUCUAUUUCCAGCAUUUUGCAAAUUUUACUGUGACGUUUGGUUGCAAAUGCUCUUAAAUGCAUAAUAUUAGAACUGCCUCACCUCUUAAAAUAUGAUUGUGAUGAGCUAUCUUUUACCUUCGAUGUUCAUCGGUUAAAACAUUUAGAUUUGUUCUGAAAUUUUGUGGCCAACAGACUAAUUGAUUAGUGUAUUUUAUAUAUAUAUAUAUAUGUAUGUAUAUAUAUAUAUAUAUAUGUGUGUGUGUGUAUAUAUAUAUAUAUAUAUAUAUAUAUAUAUAAUUAAGCUUUCAAUCUGCACUUCCUUUGCUGAACAUUGUCAAAAUAAUUGCACCUAUUAUUUUCCCAUGUCACUUUAUGAAGACAUUGGAAUUCAGCGAGUUUGACUGUAUCUGAUCUUGGCUGUUACUCUGCUGCAUCAUUUGAUAAUGAUUUCACUACGAAACGUGUAUCUCGAUGAGUGUCAUAAAUAGGCUUUUGUUAACAGUAUUUGUUUGUUUGACUUUCCAAAUAAUGGUUUCAGUGGAUCUACAUUUUAGGGACCUGCAUUUUAGGAUUACUGUUAAUAUAUAAUUGUCGAGAUAUUGGACGUAGCAAAUGUAGUUAAUCAUCGGCAAUAUUUUUGGACUUAUUCAGGGUCCAACCAUUUUCAUAAUUUUCAAUAGUUUGUUAUUUAACAAUGUUAAGAAUAUUUUCUAUGUUUAAUUUUAUUUGUGAACUGUGAUGAUGGCAUGUUGUAAAAGUAUUUUAUUUGUAUUUUACGUCAUGACUGACUGACUGAUUUAAUUGGAAUUUUGUAAGAAAAAAGGAAGCAGAUUCAUUCGUAACUGUGUAUUGGACCACUACUGCUUAUCAGAAUGAUUCCGGGCUGAAAUUUGUAUAACUAAGACUGCUGUGCUAUUUCUGAUUAAGAGUGCUAUUUUUCCUUGGAAUUAUAAAUAUUACAAUGCAUUCCUUGUUUUAACUGAUCACAGUUCUUUGACGUCUAGUGUUUCAACUAAAACAUUUUGCUACAGGUGAUUUGAAUGAUUAGUAGCAUUCACAAAAUGUUUUAAAUAACAGCUUAUUCUGACACUUUGUUGACCUAAUAGCAGUUUAGUCAGUUGGUGAAACUCCUCUGAUGUAACCUUUUAAGAAUUGUGAAGGAAGGUCAACCUUUUCUUCACUGGAAUAAAGACAAAGACAAUGUA